GCCAAUUUCGCUCGACGAGGUGCUCGCACUACCUCCCGCUCGCAAUCGCACGGUAUAUACUUGUGAAUUUGCAUUUCAAGUGCCAGCCGAUGUGAGGACGGCGGGUUUCAUGAGGGAUUAGCGAAAAACGAGCGGAGCCGAGAGAGACAGUGCCAAUAUGCGGGAGAAACGAUGGCUGCUGCUGCUCGCUCUGUACGGAUUACUAUUGGCCCACGCCGUCUCCGCAGCACUCAAGACCAGGCCGAAAUUUAAGAUUGCGACCACCUCCACGACGACCACCACGACCGAGGAGCCCCACGUGGAAGAAAAUGAUCAAGCCAAUUCGGAGACGACAACGGUCGCGACCGAGACUAACGGAACGACUGGGCACACUUUGACGGGAAUUCCACAGAUCGAUUACAUAUGGGAUCCGAAUCUACCGCGCGAGUUAAACGGCUAUAAUCUCAGUGAUUAUCCAUUCUACAAUAGUAUACCCGAGGAUAUCGAUUUCAAAUGCGACGGCUUGCACGACGGAUUCUACGCCAGUGUGCCGCACAAGUGCCAGGUCUACCAUCACUGUCUCUUCGGCACCCGCUACGACUUCCUGUGCGCCAAUUUCACAGCGUUCGACCAGAAGACCUUCAUCUGCCACUUCGUCUCCGAGGUAGACUGCGCCAAUUCCAAGAAGUACUGGCACAGGAACGACGCCCUUUAUCAAGCUGCCACGACCACGACGACUACGACGACUACCGUGGCGCCGGUUACCACGCCGACCAGUCGAGCGGCUGCGCGCGAUCGGAUUCCACCCAGAAGGAGGCCACCAGCGAGAAGAAGACCCUACGAUUACUACGAGGAAGACUAUUACGACGAUGAGUACGGUCGCCCUCGUGACUUUGCCGGCCGAGACGACUACGAGUACGACGAUCGGAAGUACAGGCGGGACCGGGACCGUGAGUUCAGGGACCGGGACCGCGAUCGUGACUUCCGGGACAGGGAUCCGCCAGCGCGCGGUAGAGACGAUAGGGAUCGAGACGCCGGUAGGGACAGAUACUCGGCAAGGGGAAACAGAAGAGACCCACCCAGGUCGAGGGACCCGCCGGAGGAAGACCCGAGACCUCGGGGAAGGAAUCCGGAUCAAGGUGCCAGAUCUACGUCGAGGGAGGUUGAGGAUACAGAUACGUACGAUAGACGCCCGGAGUCGAGAAACCGGGACACCGAUGAACGAAGAUACGCCGAUAAGAGAUACAGAGAUGAUUACGACGAUAAGGAACCUGCGGCACCUUCGGCGAGCGCGUCGUCCAAUACGGAAGGCCUGGUGAAGCCGGCUGCGCCUAGCAGUUCGGUUUACUCGCGGCCAAGAGCACCGCCGAAGAUUAGGCGACCGGUACCACUUUCGGAGCAAGAUAGAUACGCGUACAAAACCACCCCUGCGCAGCCAACAGAGGAGCCACGACGGAGGCCGGUAGACCUGGAGGAUGACUAUUACGAUGACGAGUUGGAGGAUAUCAGACCGAGGAGGCCGCUCAGAAGAAGGCCCUCGUACAGGGAUAGAGACAGAGACAGGGACUUCUAUGAAACUCGGGACCGGGACCGUCCCCUCAGAACUCGUUAUCAUCCACCGGAAGAGGUACGGCUCAGGACACAUCAGGAUCGCUCGAGGGAUCGUUACUACGAUCGAGACAGGGACCGAAAUAGGGAUCGGGCCCUCGAUCGUGGAAAAGAUCGCGGUCCCGAGAGAUCCUCGGAUCGCGACUCGCGAGGACGGUCGCAAGAUUCCGACAGGCAGGAGCGACCGUACUCGCCUCGGCUUCUCGAUCGCGAGAGGGACACCGAGCGACCGCGAUCCUCUUCGAGAUCGAAGGAUCUAUCGGACGCCACUGAAGUGUCCAGAAGACCCAACUCGUACGAUCGAACGACCGAGAAGACUACCACUACCACAACCACCACAACUACGACCACCUGCUUGCCAGAACAGCUUAUUCGCAAACCUGAAGAAGACUCUAAAGAGCCGGUGACUGAUCGAUCGGAAAAGCCAUCUUAUCCGGAACGACCAGCCAGACCUCCCGCUCAGGCCCAAAGUGGUCGUGUAGUGGACGACACUGAGGAUUAUCACAGAAAUUUGUCGGAGAAAUCUCAGAGACCGUCUCAGCAAGUAGAUUACCAGGAUAGAAACUUGGAAGGUAGAAACGAACAGAAUCAGCAGCAGGUCGCGUACCCGGACGAAUACUCCUCCGAGUAUUACGACGAGCCUCUAGAAGAGCCACCGUCUCCUCCUCCACCUCGAACCACCGUUCGAAUCGUGAAAAGGCCUUUCCUACCGUCUCGAGGCGGUAAUCCCAAUCCGAGGGGAUUAUCGCCGGUCGGCUCUAAAGCGCCGCAUUCGCCGAGAAGAGACGAAGAGACAACGACCGACCACCGAAGCACUUUAAGCGAAAACGAAUACAGAGGUUACUACGUGCACGAGGAACAAGAAAACAGUAGGAACGUUAACCAUCAGGAGUCACCUCUGAGAUCGGACGAUAAGCAAACGUACGACGCGUACAAAGCUGUCCAGGGCGACAUUCAGAAGAAACAACGCCAGGAAGAGUACGAUAGCGCGAUAGCCAGACCAGCGCUACGAAAACCGACGGAAAAGACCGAGGAGGAAGUCUCGAGAGGCUCGGAAGAUCUGUCCAACUCCUCCAAAGGAUAUUCUACUCAGAAUCAAUCGUACGACUCGCGCAACCACCAGACCGAGAAUCUGGCGCCCAAAUGGAUAGAGAAUUACUCGAGUGAAAAGCACGCCAAUGUCGGCAGCGUGCAGACACCCUCGGGUUCCCCGAUCCGCAGCAAGGUGAGACUUCCCUCCGUCGAGACCACGUCGAACAUCUACAGCUCGACGUACAGGAACGAGGACAUACAGGACCUACCGUCGGGACCGGGCAGUUACAGAGCGAAGCAAAGGCUCAACGAAGUGACGCAUCGGCUUCAGGAUAUCCCCGAGAGCGAAUACGACGUUACUCUAAAUGACGCCCUGACGCCGACGUUGGUUCAGGAAGCCAAUUUGCCGAGCGGAUUCGUCCUGCCCCUUCACAGGCAGCUAGGUAGGGACACCGUGCUACAGCCUUCCGAGAACAACUACAAGCUCACCAGGCCGGUCAAUCAGCAGCAACAACUGCAGCAGCAGCAGCAGCAGCAACAGCAGCAGCAACAACAACAGCAGCAACAACAUCAACAUCAACAAAAAUCGUUCGUUCCGAGUCCUCAGUUCCUGCCGACGAGCAUCAACAAUAACGACCGGAGCCGAACGGUGUAUUACAGGACGCCGGAGGCUAUACAGGUCAGCGGAGCGCAAUACAGACAGAGACCAUGGCAAGAUUACACUGCGUACUAACGAGAUAUACAUCGUUGAUACACCGAUUACGAGUGUUGCGAGGAAGCGUUUGAGAGAUUUCACGAGGCGUACAUCUUGCCUCACGAGCGCUAAACGACUAAUUUAUGCUGCCACCGAUCGAUUUGAGAAAGACACUUUCAUGGAAGAAGAAUGCUGCGUUCUUUUAUGAAACUGACUUUCCGCGAACGGACCCAUCGCGUUCGACCCUGUCGCAAUCAGAUAAUCACUGUCUUUCAUUCCAAAGAACGCGCGACGCACCAGUCGCGCCGCUCUGAGGGUAGAAAAUAAUCUGCGGACGAUUCAGUUAGGUGAUAAUAACGCGCGUGAUUUCGAGGCGAUAUAAAUUAUUGGAAAUUAAGAGAUUGGAAAACGGACGAGGGGGGAGAUUAUUGUCACAAAUCGCAAACGUGGCGCUACGCCAUGCCUUUGGGAAGGAAACCAUAUUUUAAUACACGCGGAGAACAAUGAGAUAUUAAUCGUCAUGACAAUUAUCGAGACUCAUUAUUAUUUACGCGUAUUGCGAUGAAAAGCAAAGGCAGGAUUAAUGUUCAAUGAUAACACCGAUCAGAGAUAACUCGUUCUGAGAUCUUCGCUAGGGAAAUUCUGAAUGACUACUAGGUCCACUUGAAAUGAUGCAGCACUACACAGACGCUGCAGCACACGUCACAUAACAAACUCGUUUUCUCUGAACUAGCAACGUGAUACAAUGACCGAUCUUAAAACGUGAUACCUUGUAAUAACAGUUUAAUUUGCGGACAUUAAUGCACGUCGUUCACGUUAAUCGAAAUCGCCACUGAGGUUUCGGAGGUGCUGAAAAAGUUAUCUUCAUUUUCCUUAAUUAUAAACAAACUUGUAAAUAAUCGUGUAACUUUAUAUUCUAUGCACAUACGUUCAAGUUAAAUUGCGAUUCAAAAUAUCUGGUCCUUUGAACACAAAAAUUAUAUAUGUAUAUUAAGUUCUAUCGCCGAAUUCGAUAGCUAUUACUAGCGGAUAAGUCUUCCCGAGCGUAUAUCUUGUCUUAAAGCUAUGUCGAUAUUUACGUAUGACAUAAAAGAGUGAGAAAAUA